AUGAGACUAGUUUGGUUAUUCCCGUAUUGCAGCUUCAUUUCUACAGUACCCAAAAGUGAAUCGGACGAGUUGAAUUUAAUCGACGAUGGUAAUAUAUUGCCGGAUUUUCAAGGUGAAGUGAGGAAGUUGGUUAUACGCACACGUGGAAGUAAACCAGCCAAGAUGAAGUGUAGUCGGAGGUAUUAUUUGGAACUCCGUGGUGAAAAUUUAUAUCAGUUCCAGAAAAGAACGUUCUUGAUCAAUUGUAAGGAUGAACGUGAUCAAUAUAAAAGGAAAAGUUGCAAACGAAUGGUAAUUGGUGAGUCUGCAUGGCGAGUGAUCAAAUGCGAUGAGAUAGUCGGUCGUGCCUUUGAGUUACACCAUCCUGCAUCUGGUCGAAUCUAUCGUUUCAUCUGUAAAUCGCAACUAGUCGCAAAUGAAUGGUACAAGAAGUUAUUGGAUGCCAUGCAGAACGCAUCGCAGAAAACACCUGUUAAUUUGAUAUCUUUUGAUUGA